AUGGCUGCUAUAUCCCAUUUGCAGUCCAAAACUCCUAUUGUGAUACUUGGGGACUUUAAUGCUAUCAGAUACCCUUAUGAGAAAUUUGGGGGUUCUGUAAGCUGGUCUAAGGACAAAGAGGAGUUCAAUUCAUACAUUUUGAAAUCUGAACUGGUUGAUCUCUCCUAUGGGGGUUGCCAAUUUACUUGGGCUAACAAGAGAACUAGUGGGGAUUACAUUGGAACCAAAAUAGAUAGAGUGUUGGUUAAUGAAGCUUGGCUGGACACCUUUCCUACCUCUUUUGCUACUUUUUUACCCUCUGGUAUAUCUGAUCACUCUCCUGCUGUGGUUAAUGUCUCUGACAAGGUGACUUCUUUUAAAAAACCUUUUAAAUAUUUUGACUUUUGGGUUGACCAUAAGGACUUUAGCUCUGUGGUUUCUAUAGUGUGGAAUCAGUAUAUUCACGGUCUUCCUAUGUUCAGGGUGUGUCAAAAAUUGAAAUAUUUGAAGCCUGAAUUAAAGGCUCUGAACAAGAAAGACUUUAGUGAUAUUACUACUAGAGUCCAAACUUCAAAAUCUGAGCUCUUCUCUGCUCAGUGUAAGUUGGACAAGGAUCUUUGUAAUAGUGAUCUGCAAAAACUUGAGCGCAAUAUCUAUAAGCAACAUGUUGACCUCCUGGCUGUUGAAGAGAGUUUGGCUCACCAGAAAUCUAGAGUCCAGUGCCUUAGUUAG